AGCUUUGUUGUGUCUGACUGUACCAGCGGUCAGGCUGCGUGGACUGUACUGUACAUACAUACAAUAUCCUCCUUUUGUCAAAAGUUCAGUGUUACUGUAACAACAGUAAUACGCUUCGUUGCUGGAGCCCUCCGCAGCUUUUCUUGGCGAAAGUCCAAACAUGCACGCCCCACCAGCACCGAGCCCAUUGUCGGAAAGGGGCGCUGGCCUCCCUGGCAACUCUAGUUCCGGGAAGCUUAAAAGUGGUCUGAAGGGAGACAGGGUGGCCAAGGCACGAACAGUAAACCAAAAGGCUGCUGCACAAUCCGCUGCUUUGAAGGCUGCCUGGGAGAGGAAGAUCUUUGCAGUCCAACGCCGCUUGUUUGAAGGGGCCGUUGCACAACAGCACUUGGCAGCUGCGGCGAAAUACCUAUCCCAGUCCGAUUAUGAUGAUGUGGUCACCGAGAGGGUGGCGGACAAGCUAUGCGGAUACCCGCUUUGCGACAAACCAGUGACAGAGAUCAAAGGCAAAUUCAGGAUAUCGCGCGCCGAGCAGAAAGUCUUUGACAUUACAGACCUUAAAAAGUUUUGUUCAUCCGCUUGCAUGGCUUCCAGCGAUUACUUUCGUGGUCAGCUGUCUGAGGAGCCCGUAUACAUGACGAAUACGAGAAGAACCGCGCCUGUCGAAGUCAUACCGGUGGCGUUCUCAUCAAGUGACGCUGAAAGCAUUGUCGGCAUACCAGCUACUCCGCCAUCUCGAAAUAAGCUCGUGUCUUCAUACGUGCAGCAUCUGUUGGCAGAAGUCACUACGAAGACGAAGGAAACUGUGGUGGUCAGCGAAAGGAAGGUGGAGGAGAUACCCAGCGCUCCGGUGGCGAUAGCGGAUGCCAGUAGCAUCGCCGCAGACAUAGAAGGCUACACAUUUCGCGUGCGAAAGGUUGCGAAGAGGAGAGCGAAAGGAAAGGCUAGUGAUCUAGAGAAGGUGGGACCUUCGACAACCCCAGUUAAAGAGCCGGAACAUGGCAGCAACGUGGCAGGGACGGAAUCUACUCAGCAGAAAUCCGCGGCAGCAUUCCCAGAUCAAACCCAUCCAAUCAUCCCCACGAUAUUAGUGGACGGCGAAAUCCCCGUCGCAACCGCGAAAGGAAAGAUCCGCACACCACGCAAUGGACCAACCGCGCCCCACAGACCUAUACAUCCGACCGUCUUCAAAAGCGAUCGAGUGUUAGAGUCAUUCGCACCAACCGACAACACCAACAGGACAGGGCAGCCUUCUCGAGACCAAACCAGUGCAGCACUGCCACCAGGACAGCGUGGGAGAAAGAAGCUCGACCUAAAGUUAUCCCUCUUUGGCAAAACGGUCACUACCCUCGGACGCAUCAUCACGCGGGAGACGAAAACAUAUGUCGCCUCGACGGACGAGAAGCCGGUGGCAGCUCCGGAGACGGAGGAGACACGCAUACGCAAACAGAUCUUCUGUCAGCGGAUAGUAGCCAUUCUCUCUUUGAUGAGCAGAGAGUACCAAAUAUCGACAAACAUCCACCAAGACCUCUCAGACCUAAUCGCCACCUUAUCCCUCACCGAGGCAACAGUCAUGCUCCCAACACUCGAAGAAUGGGUCCUCGGCGUCAUCUUGCUAAAAGUGCUGUGCAAACGAUCCCCGGUCCUGGCGGGAGAAGUCGACUUUGAUGCGAAAUGGGAGAUGAUGCUGGCGAGGGCGGAUAUUAGCUUGGUGCAGUUUGGGAUCUUUGUUGGGAUGUUUCGGUGAACGGAGCACGUUGCGCGUAUGUAGAUAUGUAGUGAGGCACAGCAUAAACAUUUUUGGAAGGAAGGCGUAGUGGUCGGGGAGGCAUACUUGUACAUCACAUGUGCUCAUAGGGAAGAUUGUAUAAACCAUUUAGGUGUG